UGUCAACUUGUUUUUCAGAGAGAAAAAUUGUUCCUUUUCUUGUAUUGCAUUUUGCACAGUGAUCUAAAAAAGUGUAAAUAAAUAAAAAAAUAAAGAAAAUUACAAAACAAUCCAAUAGCGCCAAAUUCAGGCGAAUAUAAUUAAAUAUAUUCGCGUUUCACAAUCGCGUGUAUAUUAAUAUAAAUCCCCAAUUUGCUGCCAUUUAUCGCAAAGCCAAAUUACAUUUUUAUCACAAAAUAAAAAAACAAUUAUAAAAAAAAAGAAAUCAUGACUUCAUCAACAUCAUCAAGUUCUUCUUUAAAUGCGCGUCAAACCAAAGCAACGCGCCAGGCACUUUCUCGAUUCCAUCCUUACCACGGAGCCAACAUCAUCCUUUGCGAUGAUAACACAGUUGCUCUGCGAAAAGCCAGCUUUGCUGAUGCAGUCACAUUCUCCGAGAAACCCUUAAUGCCCGGUGAGAUAUUUCUAAUUGAAAUUGAGGCAAACGAACGCGGAUGGUCUGGCCAUAUGCGUUUGGGACUGACACAGCUGUUGCCAGAAGAUAUAGUCUCUUCGAAUGAUGGUUUGCCUCAAUAUGCUCUUCCUGAUUUGGCUAAUAUGGGUACGAGUUGGAUUUAUCCAAUAUCAAAGUUUGAAAGGCAAUUAAUGGAAGUUGGUGGACCGAAUGGAAGUGGUGCAGAUGCUAAUGGAAAGAAAGCUAAUAAUAUUCUUGGAGAUGCUGUUUAUGUUCGAACACCUCGUGGAUUGAUUCCGAGGCGGAUUCUUAAGCCAGAAUCUGAUUUCAAUUCGGAAAUCCUCCUCACAGAUAGAGGAUCGAGGAUUGGUGUGGUAUUUAUACCAACAGACACGGACAAAUCUAAGGCGGAAAUGCACUUCAUUAUUAAUGGAGUUGACCAAGGACCGUGUACUAGAGAGAUUCCCUAUCAAAAUGGUCCAUUGCAUGUGGUUGUCGAUGUUUAUGGCACCACUAAGCGAAUUCGUAUCGUCCAGCUUUAUGGCAUAAUUUCUCUUCAAAACGCUUGUCGUGAUGCUAUACUCUUAAAUCUAAAGAAACACGAUGUAGACAAGUUACCCCUGCCGGAUAGACUCAAACAAUUUCUCAUGCAAUACGACUAAGCCAAAUCUGAUUAACAAAACAACAAUCAACAAAGGACAUACACAUAAAAAAUCUGCAACACGACUUGAAGAAGGAAGACAGCGAAAUGCGCAGCAUCCCAAAAAUGUUUCGAAAAGAAUUUCGAAAGACAAAAAAAUACAACAAAAAAAAAAAACUCAUUUAUCUAUUUGUGUUGAUGUCAUCUCGCUAUAGAGCCUAUGAUUUGUUAAACAUUCAUACUUAAGUUUUAAAAAAUCUUAUUUUCAAUGAUAAGAUUAAAGAGUUUAAAUCCCAUUUAGUUAUGGUGUAGUUGGUUAUAUACAAAAUACAUAAACAUUAUGUACAUGUAAUCUGGCUUAUAAGGCCGUCGCCGCCGCGUUUUUCAUGGUCUUUCAUUCCCUUCAUCGCCGCAGACCGUGAAUUUGCAUUUAAAUUAACAAAUUUUUCCUCUAUAUAUUUUUCCGCACCAUGUGAUAGUAUAUGUUUUAUACAUUUGUACAUUCGAUUAUAAAAAAAAAUAAAUAAAUGAAAAAAAAAAAUUAAAAAAAAAAAACAAAUGAAAAAAUGUUAAUUUGUUUAUUCGUUUAUUUUAGUUAUUAGUUUUAUUAUUUUUUUGUAAUAAUUUUGAAUUAUUUAUUAAAAGAACAAAGAAACGCGCUUGUUUUAGUCUG